AUGAACUUGGUCACUGAUCCAGACGCUCACCUCCAAUCAGUCAAACGAACCACGCCUCAAUAUAUCAAGUCCGACUCUCUCAAGUCCUCCUCCGCCACCAACGAAUACUUUUCAGACUAUGCCUCCGAAGUCGCCAGUCAAAAGUCGGACGAUUCCAAAGCAAGCUAUGAAACGCCUCCCUCACGGAUUUCUACUCCGCUACAAGUACAGCACAACCCUGUCGACUCCGAGAUGACACUUCCUUCAAGACCCGGCGCAAUCCAGCCGGCUCCUCUAAAUAUUCGACACCACCAACCCGUAGGCGCACAGACAACGGUGCGGCUGCUAUCCAGUUUCGAUGAGAUGAGCCCUCCGACUCCUGGGGUCGAUGAUACACCGUAUAUCCGAUUCGCCAUUGAGCAAUUGACAAGAGAUGAGGAUGUCACCGGCCGAGGCAGAGAUAGCACAUUUCCUGCUCCGGAUGCGCCUCUUCCCACACCUUCCAUCAAGCCUGAGUUCGACGAAAGCCCUCGUGCGCCGACACCCUCUCCUCCACCAACUCCGCCCCCGCAGCCUGCCUCGCCCCGUCCGCCCUCACAAACAAGCCUCCAAGAAGUCCUUAUCCCAGUUGAUCUUUCGAAAGACCUUCGUCGACGACUUGGCUUUGUACCAUUACCUCUACGACUUCCAAUUCUUGGUCUAUUCUUCUUUCUAUGCCUUUUAAUGAUCGCCGCCCUAAUAUUCAGUCUGGUCUUCGCAGGCACGAAUCACGCACUCUUCGACUAUGACGGAAACACGACACCGCGUUACUUUGUCUUCCAGUAUCUGCCACAACUAGUUGGCAUUCUCUUGAUCCUGUGGCUUUUUGUGAUUGAAGCCGCAGUGUACAGAUCUCUGCCUUAUUACGGCAUGGGCUCAGGUCGCCGCAACCACUGGGCUUUGCAAAACAUGCGAAUCCUGCCAGCAAACUAUCUUCUGCCGGACCUCACUUUCUUCCGCAAUGGGGAGCCCUUGCUGGGUAUCACAUUCCUGAUCUUCUGGAUAACGAGCUUUACUGUACCGCUCCUCGCGUGUGUCUUCCAGACACAGUGGAUUACAGAUGACGGGCCAGCACGUUUCCGAUGGACCGCGGUCAGAGGGGUCGGCUGGACCCUCGUGGCGCUGUACGUCCUUCUUGGCUUUGGACUCUUGUAUUGCGCUUUUCGCUUUCGACGGCGGAAUUCCAACUUACUCUGGGACCCCUGCUCGCUCGCCGAUCUGAUCUGUUUGUUCCGGAGGUCGAACGUGGGUUCCGACUUUGAGCAAACCGAGAUAUCACCACAGCCAAACGGCCAAAUCCCACCGAGAAAUCUUCGUCUGGGUUUCUUCACCACAUCCGAACGACCGGAAGUAUUUCAUGGCGUGGGAGAGGAGUAUGCGCCCGUCAAACGCCUCUCAUUUCUGCCCAAAAAUUCAAAAGCUGUCCAUGGCUUGAUUGAGCAAGGUGAUGUUGAAGCUCAACGGUAUUCUUAUGGUUCCGCGUUCUCACGCAAUAUCCAUUCGCCUUUUGUGCGAUACCGGUGGACGCCCUGGUAUCUCCGUGAUUCAUUUGUCUUGGCCUGGAUUGUGGCAGCCAUCCUGAUGGUCAUCGCCUUUUUGGUCGUGAGCUUUGUGAACAAAGCAGUCGAAGAUGGCUUCCGGCCUCUGCUUCCAUCUUUGACGGAUGCCAGUGGCUUUUCACCAGCCAACUUCCUCUACAGUUUCCUGCCAGCUUUUCUCGGCAUGGUGCUGUUUCUCGCUUGGCAACCGAUUGACAUGUACUUCAGAGCGGUCCAGCCAUUCCGCAACCUCUCUCAACCUAAUGGUGCUACGGCACGAAACUCUCUACUGCUCGCAUACCCUUCCUAUGGACAUAUCCGUGUCAUUAUUCGGGCCUUGGUCAAUCGCGAUUAUAAAGUCGCAUAUAUUACGUUCAUCUCAAUACUCUCGCUGUCUAUCCCGGUGCUGGCUGGUGGAGCGUUCACUGCAGUGUUCUUCUCCGCGGACAAUCAAGUCAGGAUGGUCGCCAGCAUGCCCGGUUACAUUGCAUUAUGCGUGCUGGUCACCAUCUAUUCACUCUCAUACCUAAUAAUCUGGCCAACUCGGAAGCGAUAUCUCCCUCACAGUAUCGACACCAUUGCGGCACUAUUGAGUUGGCUCUAUGCGAGUCCACUGCUCGGCGACGUCGCCCUGCAAAAUAUCGGGACAAAAGCUGAAUUGGCGGAGACAUUGACAGGCCCAAACACUGCUCCAGCGUCACUGACUGGUGACACGGUGCUGGAAGAGAAAGGCCGUCGUUCAAGGCGUGCUGUCCGCCGCCUGGCACACGACGCCGGGAUGAAGUACGCCUUCGGAAUCUUCGUCGGUCGGGAUGGCAAGGAACAUCUUGGUAUCGACCGCUUGCAGAGGCCUGGUAGCCGAGAAAUGCUGGUGGUACCGACUUCACAAUAG